AUGAAUCCUGAAGAACACACCCUACUGUCUCAAGCUGCAGGCAAUCUAUAUCUUGAAGUUUGGAGUAUCAUAUGUACAACAGUUUUCUAUGGGAUCUAUGUACUUGCAGGAGUCAUCAGCAUCUACCUUUUUAUUAGUACUGACAUUGCCAGGCACGGGAUUCACCCACUCCCCUUGACCGCUGUACUGGUGACAAUGUUCAUGACUGUUGACUUCGUUGGCAGGGGAUGCUCGAUCCUGACCCGAAUAUGUCAAGAAUUUAUGGAUUCAACAACCGAGAUUUCUCUCAAAAAACAGUUCAAGGCUGUUGGUGAUUCAGGUCUGGUAUGGACAAUAAUCCUAGGCUGGCCCCAAGGGAUUUUACUUCUUUUGAGUGACUUCAUUGUUGCUUGGAGAGCUUGGGCAAUUUGGCCUACUCAAAGAUAUGUUGAAGUGAUGUUAGUUACUGUGUUAGUCGGAAGCUGUGUGCUCCGCAUUUGUGAUGAAGUUUUGUAUACCUUGAACAUAUAUUUUCCUGGUCACAAUACCACCAGCUCAACACUUGGUGUUUUCAACAUGCUAUCCCUGGGCUUCAGUAUACUCACAAAUAUUGUCUCCACUUUUCUUCUUGCACUCAAAACAUGGAUUUAUGUCACAACAAAGCGGCAAUUAGCAGUAAGAUAGGUUCUAGUCAGUAUGACAAUAAUCAACCCGAAGUUCAUUCAUCCAGCGGAUGCUUUCUUGCAAGCAUUAAUGAAAGGAGUAGCGGCACUAUACCCUAUCACAGUUUUUCUCAUAAUGAAGCUACGAUUGUCAAUUGUUGAAGACUGCAUCUUGGUGCAAGUACAGA